AUGUUAAGGAGGACUAACCUGCGAGACUGCACGCAGACACUCAUCUAUGGGGUGGUCAUUAUCGUGUACCGACUAUUCUUCAGUCCUCUGGCCAAGUUCCCCGGGCCCAAGCUUGCAGCCUGUACAAAUCUGCCCAACCUUUAUUGGCUGGUGACUGGCAAGCAUCAUCUGAAGAUCAAGGAGCUUCACGAUCAGUAUGGAGAUGUUGUUCGAGUGAGCCCCACUACUCUUGUGUAUCGAAGUGCGCAGGCAUGGAAGGAUAUCUAUGGACAUCGCAAAGCUGGCCAGCAAUCGUUUUUGAAAGAUCCCGCAACAUAUAUUGUGGGACCGACUGGCCCAAGUAUCGUCAACUCGAAUGAAGCCGACCAUGCAAGGGAACGACGGCUGUUGUCUCACGCCUUUUCCGAAAAGGCAUUGAGGGAUCAAGAGAGCCUGGUUCAUUCCUAUGUUGAUCUCCUCGUGGAUCGACUCGAGGGGCAGAUCGACAACUCUCGUGCGACGGUCGAUAUGGUCUCCUGGUACAACUUCACCACCUUCGACAUCAUCGGUGAUCUGGCCUUUGGAGAGCCCUUCGGAUGCUUACGCGAUAGCCAGUAUCAUCCAUGGGUGAAGAUGGUUUUCACGAGCGCCAAAGUCAAUGUUCAACUGCGGCCGGGCAAAAUGUAUCCCAUCUUGGCUCCGGUCCUGCGCAAACUUCUCAUCUCAGGGGAAGGGGCCAAGAUGCGCGAUAAUCAUUUCGCCCUGAGCAGUGAGAAAGUUCUUCGCAGAUUACAGACCAAGACCGAUCGUCCAGAUUUCAUGACUCAUGUCUUGCGAGUGACUGGCGAGCGUGCCAUGACACCUCGCGAGAUGGAAAGUAAUGCGGCCCUCCUCAUCCUGGCUGGCAGCGAAACAACCGCUACGCUUCUCUCGGGCUUCACCUACUUCGUGCUCAUCAAUCCUGCUGUCCAAAAGAAAGUCGUGACGGAAGUCCGAGAUGCGUUCAAGUCUUACGACGAGAUCAACUUCCAGUCUGUGGCUCAAUUGCCAUACUUGAAUGCUACUCUUGAAGAGUCUCUGCGGAUGUAUCCUCCCGUGGCAGAUGUGACACCUCGAGUGGUGCCCAAAGGUGGUGCAGUCGUCGAUGGUCAUCAUAUUCCCGAAGGCACAGUCGUGAGCGGACAUUUCUUCUCGACAUUCCAUGCCGAAUCCAAUUUCACCGAGCCGGAAUCCUUCCUGCCAGAGCGAUGGCUGGAGAAACGAGCUCCUCGCUUUGAGAACGAUAAGCGCCUUGCAUUUAAUCCCUUCUCGCUGGGGCCUCGUAACUGCUUGGGGAAGAAGUAA